AUGGAACCCAUCCCGACCCCGACCACAGGCUCCUACAGCCCCCAACACCGGGACUCCAUCUCCCAGCCCGCCCCGGAAACGAGCGAACUGCUCAAAGUCCUGCACCGCAUUGAUAGCGCAGACGAUGCAAGACUAAACGGCGACACCAAUAGCACCGGCGACGAGGGCAGCGAGACCGACGCUCAUUCCGUUCGUGACCCGCCGACACCGCGCCCCGCGCCGCGAGAUCCGCUGCGCCGCGAGGACGCAUAUGCGGCGCAGCGGGCGGCGACUCGCGAGCUAGAGCGCGCGUCGCGGUGGUCGAUGGUGUACAUGUGCUUACGGUGCGAGGCGCGGGACCGGUAUCGGCAGACGGAGCCGGUGCGGUGCAAGACGUGCGGCACGGAAAUGUUGCUGAAAGUGCGGACGGCGCGGAUGGUGCAAUUUGAGGCGCGGUAG